AUGUCGGCGGUGUGUGUCGGUAAAACAGUCGCCCCGGUCCGGCCAUCUCUGCUGUUUGAUAGCGACUCAGCGGAUCUUAACGGUAAAUUAGUUAAUGACCUGUCGCUGUUUACUCUGCGGUCAGAUCAGACCGGUGACCACAUGUCGGUUCGUCAUGGUGAUUGUUACCAGAGUGAGUAUGCUAUAGUGGAAUUUAGUUGUAAGAUUACUAUUAAUUACUUCCAGGGUGAUUAUAUAUGGAUAGAGCCGGUUUCGGGGCGGGAGUUCGAUGUGGCUAUCGGGGCGAGGGUGCUGGCUGCGGAAGGUCGUAGGAUUAGAGUGAAGGACGACGACGGACAGGAGCAAUGGCUGCCACCAGAGAGACGGAUCAAGGCGAUGCACGCGACCUCCGUGCAGGGAGUCGAGGACAUGAUCUCCCUCGGCGACCUGCACGAAGCUGGCAUCCUAAGGAACCUCCUCAUACGAUACAACGAUAACCUCAUCUAUACGUAUACGGGUUCAAUUCUAGUGGCAGUGAAUCCCUACCAAAUAUUACCAAUAUAUACAGCGGACCAAAUUAAGUUAUACAAAGAAAGGAAGAUAGGGGAACUGCCGCCGCAUAUAUUUGCUAUAGGUGAUAAUGCUUACGCUCACAUGCGGAGGUACGGUCAGGAUCAAUGUAUAGUGAUUAGUGGAGAAUCUGGCGCAGGGAAGACUGAGUCGACGAAGUUAAUAUUACAAUACCUCGCCGCUAUCAGUGGGAAGCAUUCGUGGAUAGAGCAACAGAUCCUAGAAGCCAAUCCGAUCUUAGAAGCCUUUGGUAACGCUAAAACAGUAAGGAACGACAAUUCGUCACGUUUCGGAAAAUAUAUAGACAUUCAUUUCAAUAGCAACGGUGUGAUCGAGGGAGCGAAGAUAGAACAAUAUUUGUUAGAAAAAUCAAGAAUCGUUAAUCAGGGAGCUAACGAGAGGAACUAUCACGUGUUCUAUUGUUUACUGGCCGGUCUGUCCAAGGAGGAGAAAAAGAAAUUGGAAUUGACUGAACCUGCUGAAUACAGAUAUUUGUCUGGUGGAGGUAGUUUCACAUGCGAAGGCCGAGACGAUGCUGCCGAAUUCGCGGACAUACGAUCCGCCAUGAAGGUUUUAUUGUUCACAGAGUCAGAAAUAUUUGAAAUAUUAAAACUCCUUGCAGCUGUCCUACAUUGCGGGAAUAUAAAAUACGAGGCGACCGUAGUCGAUAAUUUGGAUGCGACAGAGAUAAUUGAACAGGUUAAUGUGAGAAGAGUUGCGAAUUUGUUAGGAGUGCCGACGCAGUCCUUAAUAGAUGCGCUAACAAGAAAGACGCUGUUUGCACACGGAGAGACUGUUGUAUCCACUUUGAGUAAAACUCAGUCCGUUGAUAUCAGAGAUGCAUUUGUUAAAGGCAUUUAUGGUCGUCUGUUCGUAACUAUUGUGAGGAAGAUUAACGCCGCUAUAUAUAAACCAAAGUCUACAAUGAGAACAGCUAUUGGGGUCCUCGACAUAUUUGGAUUUGAAAAUUUCGAUCAUAACAGUUUUGAGCAAUUCUGUAUUAACUUCGCCAAUGAGAAUUUACAGCAGUUUUUCGUUAGACAUAUAUUUAAAUUGGAGCAAGAGGAAUACAACCAUGAGGGCAUUAACUGGCAACAUAUAGAAUUCGUUGAUAAUCAAGAUGCUUUGGAUCUGAUUGCACUGAAACAGUUGAAUAUCAUGGCCUUGAUAGACGAAGAGUCCAAAUUCCCUAAAGGUACGGAUCAAACGAUGUUAGCGAAGCUCCAUAAAACACAUGGCUUGCAUAGAAAUUAUUUGAAACCUAAAUCCGAUAUAAACACCAGUUUCGGUUUAAAUCAUUUUGCGGGUAUUGUAUUCUAUGACACACGAGGUUUCCUAGAAAAGAACAGAGACACUUUCAGCGCAGAUCUUUUACAAUUAAUUCAUAUAUCCACGAAUAAGUUCCUACAACACAUUUUCCAAGAAGAUAUAAUUAUGGGCUCAGAGACGAGAAAACGUACACCAACAUUGUCGACGCAGUUUAAGAAGUCAUUAGAUUUAUUGAUGAGAACGCUAGGAACUUGCCAGCCGUUCUUCAUACGUUGCAUAAAACCUAAUGAAUUCAAAAAACCCAUGUUAUUCGAUCGAGGACUUUGUUGUAGACAGCUGAGAUACUCAGGCAUGAUGGAAACAAUAAGAAUUAGACGAGCAGGAUAUCCUAUUAGGCAUAGUUUCAAAGAAUUUGUAGAAAGAUACAGGUUUUUAAUACCGGGUGUACCGCCGGCGCAUAAAACGGAUUGUAGGGCCGCUACUUCCAAAAUAUGUGCAACAGUCCUAGGCAAAUCUGAUUACCAAUUGGGUCAUACUAAAGUGUUUCUAAAAGACGCCCACGACUUGUUCCUCGAGCAGGAGAGAGAUAGAGUGCUUACUAGAAAAAUACUUAUACUGCAACGAUCCAUUCGAGGUUGGGUUUAUAGGAGGAGAUUUUUGAAGAUGAGGGCCGCAGCUAUAUUAAUUCAACGACACUGGCGAGGAAAACUUCAAAGAAUUCGAUACAACAAAAUGAAAGCUGGCUACUCAAGACUACAGGCAUUGAUACGAGCGAGAGUAUUAGCUCAUAGGUUCCGACACUUGCGUGGACAUAUUGUUUCAUUACAAGCUGCAGCACGUGGAUAUUUGGUCCGUCGUUCCUAUGGUCAUAAGAUGUGGGCGAUAGUGAAGAUUCAGAGCCACGUGAGGCGUCUGAUCGCUAUGAGGAGGUACCGCAGACUGAGGCAGGAACAGGUCGCUCACAACGAGGCGCUGCGACUGAGAAGGCAGGAAGAACAACGACUGCAUCACCAGGGAAACACGCGCGCUAAGGAGAUAGCUGAACACAACUAUAGGGAGCGCAUGUAUGAGUUAGAACGACGUGAAGCGGAAUUGGCGCUAGAGGAGAAGAGGCAAUUAGAAGCAAAGAGAACUUUAUUACAAGAAGCAGCGAGGAAACAAGAUGAACCCGUGGAUGACAGCAAACUAGUAGAAGCGAUGUUCGACUUCCUACCAGACUCGAGCAGUGAAGCGCCCGCACCUAAAGACACGUCAGUUUUCAGUGAUCUUCCACAGCAAAGAGCCGAUCAACAAGAGAUGGUUACGCCAAUGCAAACAACAUCAGAAGACGAGGAAGAUCUAUCAGAAUUUAAAUUUCAAAAGUUCGCAGCUACCUAUUUUCAAGGGAACGUCACACAUCAGUAUUCAAGAAAACCUCUCAAACAUCCAUUACUGCCGCUCCAUACACAAGGCGACCAACUUGCCGCUCAAGCACUAUGGAUUACAAUAUUACGUUUCACUGGGGAUCUUCCGGAACCCAGAUAUCAUACAAUGGACAGAGACAAUACUUCUGUUAUGUCGAAAGUAACAGCGACGCUUGGUAGGAAUUUUAUUAGGUCUAAAGAAUUCCAAGAAGCGCAAAUGAUGGGUGUAGACCCUGAUGCUUAUCUUAAUAAACAAAAACCGAGAUCUAUUCGACAUAAGUUGGUAUCUUUAACAUUGAAACGAAAGAACAAACUUGGUGAAGACGUGAGACGAAAGUUGCAGGAUGAAGAGUAUACAGCUGACAGUUAUCAAUCGUGGUUAGAGUCACGGCCGACGUCGAAUUUGGAAAAACUUCACUUUAUAAUUGGACACGGAAUAUUAAGAGCCGAAUUGAGGGAUGAGAUAUACUGUCAAAUUUGUAAACAACUAACGAAUAAUCCGUCCAAAUCAUCCCACGCACGAGGAUGGAUCUUACUAUCUCUAUGUGUUGGAUGUUUCGCUCCCAGUGAAAAGUUUGUGAACUACCUGAGAGCCUUCAUACGAGAAGGUCCACCAGGUUACGCACCUUACUGCGAAGAUCGCCUCAAAAGGACCUUUAACAAUGGAACACGAAACCAACCGCCGUCAUGGCUUGAACUGCAAGCUACAAAAUCUAAAAAACCUAUAAUGUUACCUAUAACAUUCAUGGAUGGUAAUACUAAGACUUUAUUAGCUGAUUCAGCGACUACCGCCAGGGAGUUAUGUAAUCAGUUAUCAGAUAAAAUUGGUUUAAGAGAUCAGUUUGGCUUUUCGUUGUAUAUAGCGUUGUUUGAUAAAGUCAGUUCUCUCGGUAGUGGCGGGGAUCACGUUAUGGACGCGAUAUCGCAAUGUGAGCAAUAUGCCAAAGAACAAGGUGCUCAAGAACGGAAUGCGCCUUGGAGAUUAUUCUUUAGAAAGGAAAUAUUCGCGCCGUGGCACGACCCUACCGAAGAUCAGGUGGCCACUAAUCUGAUAUAUCAACAAGUAGUACGAGGAGUCAAGUUUGGUGAAUACAGAUGCGACAAAGAGGAGGACCUAGCAAUGAUAGCUGCUCAGCAAUAUUAUAUUGAGUACGGUCAGGAUAUGAACGCGGAACGUUUAUAUACAUUGUUACCGAACUAUAUACCAGAUUAUUGCUUAACGGGAGUUGAGAAAGCGGUCGACCGGUGGGGCGCUCUUGUAGUGCAAGCUUACAAGAAGAGUUAUUAUGUCAAAGAAAAAAUAGCGGCCUAUAAAGUGAAAGAGGAUGUAGUGAGUUACGCGAAGUUCAAAUGGCCUUUACUCUUUUCUCGAUUUUAUGAGGCAUACAGAAAUUCAGGACCAAAUUUGCCAAAGAACGAUGUUAUUAUAGCGGUCAAUUGGACCGGAGUUUAUGUUGUCGACGAUCAAGAACAAGUGUUGUUAGAGUUAUCGUUCCCAGAGAUUACAACUGUGUCAAGUCAAAAAACUAAUAAAGUUUUCACGCAAACCUUUAGUUUAUCCACUGUGCGUGGUGAAGAGUUUACGUUCCAAAGUCCUAACGCCGAGGACAUUCGUGAUUUGGUAGUGUAUUUCUUAGAAGGACUUAAAAAGAGAUCUAAGUUCGUUAUAGCGUUACAAGAUUAUAAGGCGCCGGGGGAGGGUUCAAGUUUCUUAACAUUCCUAAAAGGAGAUCUUAUAAUUUUAGAAGAAGAUAGUACUGGCGAAUCGGUACUCAAUAACGGAUGGUGCAUCGGUCGCUGCGAACGGAGUAUGGAGAGAGGUGACUUUCCUUCUGAAACUGUAUACGUUCUUCCAGCAUUAAGUAAACCACCUCCGGAUAUAUUGGCAUUGUUCUGUCAAGAAGGCGCUCAACAUGGCAGGCGUGCGCCUACCAGCACUUUCAAUGGAACAGAAACAAGAGACAAACCUCAUACCCUUGUUGAGUAUGCGAUGGAUCAUUUCAGAUUACCGCCAAAGCGUACCACGUCUAAAGCUCUCACACUUUCUACUGCUAAAAGAGGAGCAGAAGAAUUGUGGCGACAUUCUAGAGAACCAAUAAAACAGCCUCUAUUAAAGAAGUUGCAAGCCAAAGAGGAGCUAGCUGAAGAAGCUUGCUUUGCGUUCACGGCCUUACUAAAAUACAUGGGGGAUCUUCCUUCCAAACGUCCACGUUUAGGUAAUGAAUAUACUGAUCAUAUUUUCGAUGGCCCUCUCAAGCAUGAAAUUCUUAGAGAUGAAAUCUACUGUCAACUUAUGAAACAGUUAACAGACAAUAGAAACAGAAUGUCGGAAGAGAGAGGUUGGGAAUUAAUGUGGCUAGCUACAGGGUUGUUUGCGUGUAGUCAGGGCCUCCUUAGAGAAUUAACUUUAUUCCUUAGAACUAGACGAUAUCCAAUCGCACAGGAUUCACUCCAAAGACUCCAGAAGACGUUACGAAAUGGCCAAAGGAAGUAUCCUCCCCACCAAGUUGAAGUCGAGGCCAUUCAACAUAAAACGACUCAAAUAUUCCAUAAAGUAUAUUUCCCCGAUGAUACUGAUGAAGCGUUUGAAGUAGACUCCUCAACCAGAGCUAAAGACUUCUGUCAGAACAUCGCACAGAGACUGAAUCUCAGGUCCAGUGAAGGGUUCAGUUUGUUUGUUAAGAUAGCUGAUAAGGUCAUAUCAGUGCCGGAAGGCGACUUCUUCUUCGAUUUCGUUCGUCAUCUCACGGAUUGGAUCAAGAAGGCGCGCCCGACACGCGAUGGCAUCACACCUCAGUUUACGUACCAAGUGUUCUUCAUGAAGAAGUUAUGGACCAACACGGUGCCAGGCAAGGAUCGUGCUGCGGACGUGAUCUUUCACUUCCACCAGGAGUUGCCCAAGUUGCUUCGUGGUUACCACCGCUGUGGCCGGGAGGAGGCCGCUCGCCUCGCCGCACUCGCAUACCGCGCGCGCUUCGGAGACAACAAGCAGGAACUACAGGCUAUCCCUCAAAUGCUUCGAGAGCUCAUACCAGCUGAUCUUAUAAAGCUGCAGAGCUCAGCUGAUUGGAAGCGUGCCAUAGUGGCUUCAUACAACCAGGACGCCGGCAUGACCCCCGAGGACGCCAAGAUAACCUUCCUCAAGGUCAUCUACCGCUGGCCAACCUUCGGCUCCGCGUUCUUCGAGGUCAAGCAGACCACUGAACCAAACUACCCUGAACUCUUACUGAUCGCUAUCAACAAGCACGGCGUCAGUUUGAUACAUCCGCAGUCAAAGGAUAUUCUGGUCACUCAUCCCUUCACGAGGAUCUCCAACUGGUCGUCAGGGAACACGUACUUCCACAUGACUAUCGGCAACCUCGUACGAGGCUCCAAAUUACUCUGCGAAACGUCCCUCGGUUACAAAAUGGAUGACCUGCUAACGUCAUACAUUUCACUGAUGCUCACCAAUAUGAAUAAACAGAGAUCUAUGCGUGUUAAAUAA